AUGAGUGGCAUAUUUAAAGGAAUAGUUUUAUCAUCUGGUGUUCUUCUAAAAUAUAGCUUUUCUAAAUGUUUUACUAUACUCGCUGACGAAACGUCUGAUAUUUCCUCUAUUGAACAAUUCGCAUUGUGUAUAAGAUAUUUUGAAUUAACCGAUGUAAACAAUUUUAAAAUAGUUGAACAUUUUUUAAAAUUUGUACCAGUAGAAUCAACUUCGGGUCAAAAUUUAGCAGAUGUACUUUUAACAACAUUGAAUUCAUGUGGUAGCUUAAAUUUGGCUUUGUCUAAUGCUGGUGAUGUAGUACCUAUUAGGAAUAGUUUUGGUGUUAUAGAAAAAGUAUACACGUUUUUUAAUACACCAAAACGUCAAAUUAUUUUAAAAAAUCAAAUUCAACUCUUAGUUCCUGAUAUUAAUAAAAUUAAACUUGUUCAACUAUGUCCAACUAGAUGGAUUGAACGACAUGAUUCAAUAAUAGUAUUUAAUCAACUUUUAUUACCUGUAGUGGCGGCGUUAGAAGAAAUUCAAUCGCGGAACUGUAAAGACUCUUCAUCAGCUUAUACUUUACCAAUAAGUAAAAUACUUCAAACGACAGAUAUAGAUCUAUCAACUGCAGUUAACCAAGUAGAAAGUGUAGUGUCAAUUUUCCGACGACUUAGAAGUAAUGCCGACAAUGAAUUUAAACAAUUAUUUUUAGAAGCACAAGAAGUUGCCUCUUGUAAUACACCAUCUAAAAAUAUUGAAGAAUACUAUAGACGUUCAAUUUUUAUUGCAUUGGUCGAUUCAUUUCUUAAUAGUCUUUCUGAUCGAUUUUUAAAACAUAAAAAUCUCCUAACAAGUUAUAAAUGUAUUUUACCAACCGGACGUAAUCCAACAGAUGAACAAAUUUCAAGUUUUAAAAAUCUUUUUGACUUUUACGAAAAAGAUAUGCAACAAAUUAGUUUUUCUGUCGCUAAGGCCGAAUUCGAAUUGUGUAUAAGUACGGCUGAGAGGUCGUUUUCCACACUACGGCGAAUUAAAACCUACCUCCGGAACACAAUGGGACAGUCACUUUUAAAUGGUCUGGCAAAUCUCCACAUACAUCGAGAAAUACAAAUUAAAGAAUCCGAUGUAUUAAAAAUUCUUUCUGAAAAGGGACCCAGGAAACUUAAAUUUUAA